CAGGGGAGCAUCCCUGGGCGGCGGACGCGGGGCGGGAGAGGGGCGCUCGGAGGGACGGCAGACUGGGGUCCCGUCCGGGCUGCAGGAGUCCCUGUUCCUCCGAAGCCCAGAGCCAGGUGGACGCAGCGGCAUGGACCAGCCGGGGCCGGCGACUCCCGCUUCAGAAGGUACCUGUUGCAGGCCAGAGAAUGAAGUAAAGUGUGACGCCAACAACAACGAGGAGGAGGAAGGAGAACAGCUGGAUCUUGACAGUGGAGAUGAAAUUCCAGAAGCAGACAGACAAGCGCCUGGCGCCCCUGGGGCAGGGGAUGCGGGAGCAGACACCCUUGGCCCCGCCACCACUGCUGCCCCCGCCCCCGCCAGCGCCACCUCCACCUGCACCACCCAUGCCACCACCGGGUCAGGUGUAGACGGGGCAGGAGCAGACACGGCCUCGCCCUCGGAACCGCCUCAGCUCGGGGCCCCAGCGAGGGUCAGCCCCUAUUCCGUCAUCGACAUCACGCCCUUCCAGGAGGACCCGCCUCUGCCGCCGACCCCAGACCCGGGAGCUGAGGAGGAGGGCGCGACCCCGCAUGUGCCCAGCGGGUACUUGGUGCCGGUGCCCUGCGGCUAUGCCGUGCCCUCCAACCUACCGCUCCUGCUGCCAGCCUACUCCAGCCCUGUCGUCACCCAUGUGCCCACAGAGCCCGCAGAGACACAGGAAGUAGCAGAAGACAGCCAGUUUAAUUCCUUGAGUUCUGAGGAUCCGACAAACAGUGAGGAUCCGGCCCUGAAGGAGGACAGCGCACUGGCCCGGUGGGCUGCAGAUCCGGCCAAUACCGCCUGGAUGGAGAAUCCGGAAGAAGCCAUUUAUGAUGAUGUGCCAAGAGAAAAUUCAGACUCCGAGCCAGAUGAAAUGAUUUAUGAUGAUGUUGACAAUGGAGGUGAAGGUGGAAACAGCUCUCUGGAAUACGGAUGGAGUUCGAGUGAAUUUGAGAGUUACGAGGAGCAGAGCGACUCGGAGAGCAGAAACGGGGUCCCCAGGCCCUUCCUGCGCAGCAACCACAAAAAGCAACUUUCCCAUGACCUAGCGCGUUUAAAGGAGCACUAUGAGAGAAAAAUGAGAGAGGUGAUGGCCAGCACGGUGGGAGCCGUGGAGAUCCAGCGCCUAAAGCACAAACAUGAGCUGAAGAUGCAGAAGCUCAUGAAGGCGGCUCGGGAGGGGACCAAGGAUGGGCUGGAGAAGACGAAGGCCGCGGUGAAGCGGGGCCGCUCUUUCAUCAGGACCAAGUCCUUCGUCUCUGCAGAUCACAGAUCCUGCCUGGAAGAGGAGCAGAGCUUGUUCAUUGAUGUAGACUGCAGACACCCGGAGGCUGUCCUGACCCCGAUGCCGGACGGUUUAUCUCAGCAGCAGGUCGUAAGAAGGUAUAUUCUGGGUUCGAUUGUCGACAGUGAAAAGAACUACGUGGAUGCCCUUAAGAGGAUAUUGGAGCAAUACGAGAAACCGCUAUCUGAGAUGGAGCCCAGGGUCCUGAGCGAGAGGAAGCUGCGGACCGUGUUCUACCGGGUCAAGGAGGUGCUGCAGUGCCACUGCUUGUUCCAGAUCGCCCUGGCCAGCCGUGUGGCCGAGUGGGACUCCGUGGAGAUGAUUGGAGACGUCUUCGUAGCCUCGUUUUCUAAAUCCAUGGUGCUGGAUGCCUAUAGUGAAUAUGUGAAUAAUUUUAGCACAGCGGUGGCAAUCCUUAAGAAAACAUGUGCUACGAAACCUGCUUUUCUUGAAUUUUUAAAGCAGUGCCAGGAAUCCAGCCCUGACCGUGUGACGCUCUACAGCCUAAUGAUGAAGCCCAUCCAGAGGUUUCCACAGUUCAUCCUGCUGCUCCAGGACAUGUUGAAGAACACGCCCCGAGGGCACCCUGACAGACUGCCCCUCCAGAUGGCACUGACGGAGCUCGAGACACUCGCCGAGAAGCUGAAUGAGAGAAAAAGAGAUGCUGACCAGCGCUGUGAAAUCAAGCAGAUAGCAAAAGCCAUAAACGAGCGGUACCUGAACAAGCUUCUCAGCAGCGGGAGCCGCUACCUCGUCCGUUCUGACGACAUGAUAGAAACCGUCUACAAUGACCGCGGGGAGAUCGUGAAAACCAAAGAGCGCCGACUGCUCAUGCUGAACGACGUGCUGCUGUGCGCCACGGUCAGCACUCGGACCUCCCACGACAGCAGUGCCGGCGUAUCCACCAGCCAGAGGUAUUUAUUGAAGUGGAGCGUUCCUCUGGGGCAUGUGGAAGUGAUCGAGUAUGGUGGGGACGAAGGCGUGGGAGAAAACGGCCGCUGUCCCCUGGUGCACGUGCCCGAGAGCCUGGCCGUGGUGGCCAGCGCCAAGCCAAACAGAGUUUAUAUGGGGCCAGGGCAGCUGUAUCAAGAUCUGCAGAACUUGCUGCAUGACUUAAAUGUCGUCGGUCAAAUCACUCAAUUGAUUGGAACCCUGAAAGGAAACUACCAGAACUUGAACCAGUCAGUGGCCCACGACUGGACCUCCGGUUUACAGAGACUUAUUUUGAAGAAGGAGGAGGAGAUCAGAGCAGCCGACUGCUGUCGGAUUCAACUACAGCUCCCGGGGAAGCAGGACAGGUCUGGCCGGCCGACCGUCUUCACAGCUGUGUUCAACACCUUUACUCCCGCUAUCAAAGAGUCCUGGACCAACAACCUGCAGAUGGCCAAGCGCGCCCUGGAGGAGGACAACCACCUGGGCUGGUUCUGCGUGGAAGACGAUGGGAAUCAGAUUAAGAAGGAGAGACACCCCCUCCUCGUGGGACAUAUGCCAGUGACAGUGGCCAAGCAGCAGGAGUUCAAGAUCGAAUGUGCUGUGUAUAAUCCCGAGCCUUACCUGAGUCAUGAGAAUCAGCCAGACUCGUCCUCCACGGCUCACGGUUUCCUGUGGAUCGGCAGCUGUACCAGCCAGAUGGGUCAGAUCGCCAUCGUCUCCUUCCAAAAUUCCCACCCCAAAGUCAUCGAGUGCUUCAAUGUGGAGUCCCGUGUCCUGUGCAUGGUGUACGCGCCUGAGGAGAGGCCCCGGGAGCCUAGCACCCCCGAGCCCGAGGCCACGGCGGGUCGAGUACUGGGUGUCCCUGCCGUCUGCUUGGGGACGGAGGAGGGAAGCAUUUCCAUUUACAAGAGCAGCCAAGGCUCCAAGAAGGUGCGGCUGCAACACUUCUUCGCUCCUGACAAGUCCACAGUCCUGAGCUUGGCCUGCACACCUCAGAACCUGUACGCCGGCCUGGUCAGCGGGGCUGUGGCUGUCUACACCAAAGCAGAAGAUGGCUCCUGGAAUUCUGAACCUCAAACAGUGGUAAAAUUGGGCGUCCUGCCAGUUCGAAGUCUACUAGUGAUGGAAGACGCGCUGUGGGCGGCCUGCGGAGGUCAAGUCUCUGUGAUCAGCGUGGAGACUCAUACUGUGGAGAGUCAGCUGGAGGCCCACCAGGAGGAGGGCAUGGUGGUCUCGCACAUGGCCAUCGCCGGUGUGGGGAUCUGGGUCGCCUUCACCUCAGGGUCCACGCUCCGCCUUUUCCACACAGAGACGCUCAAGCAUCUCCAGGACAUCAACAUCGCCACUCCCGUCCACCACAUGCUGCCAGGGCACCAGCGGCUGUCAGUGACCAGCCUACUCGUCUGCCAUGGCUUGCUGAUGGUGGGCACCAGCCUGGGCGUUGUGGUGGCCCUGCCCGUUCCUCGUCUGCAGGGCAUCCCCAAGGUGACCGGACGAGGCCUGGUCUCCUACCACGCACACAGCGGGCCCGUCAAGUUCCUGGUCGUGGCUGCCGCCGCCCCCAAGGCAGACAAGGACAAGCCCAGGGACACCCCGCCCCCUGAUGCCGACCCUCAGGAUGAAGACCAGAGGGAUGCAGCCCCCUGCCCGAGCCAGAGCAGUCCGGACGCUGUGUGGCUGGGGGCUUCGCCAGGCCCCGGGCCCCACGCCAGCGACUCCUCCUCCUCUUCUGGGUCCCUGGGCUCCGGCCCUCUUGAGCCCCGGCCAGAGGAGAGCUUCGUCCAGGACCUCCUACGGCACACGAGCAUUGCACCCAGCCGUGGGCGGCGGGCCAGGAGGGCGAAGGCCAGCUCCGUGUUGGUGGCCUGUGGGGGCCAGGGCCACCGGCGGAUGAGCAGGAAGGCCAGGCAGCAGCGGCCGGAGGAGAUGACCUCCACUGUCAUGGUCUGGCAGAUCCCCCUGCUGAACGUGUGAGCCCAGAGCAGUGGUCGGGGACGGCCUUUUGGCCACCCCAGGUGUCUAUACUGGUCAGGGUCAAUGACCAAUCAUCUGUGGGGCAGAAAUGUGCAAUAUCAUCAAGGGGGCAUCUCCUGCCAGUCCUGUCCUCCUCCCCACUCUGCAGAGCUGAAUAUGGACGCCUGUGGCAGGGGCGGCGGCAGAGGGGGGAGUGGAUACCUCGAUGAGUGAGCGGAAGUCCCCAGAAUGGUGCCCCUCUGGCCUUGUGGUCCUUAAUAGACACGGCAUCUGGACCUCUCCUGUCCUGUUACCUGGAGCCUCCAAACCCAGAACUCUGGCAACGGCAUGUUCAGUAGUGGACAGGUUAUUAACAGUUCUCAAGUAAUUAUACUUGAUUCAGAUUCACAACUUUUAUUUAUAUUGUCUAUCUUUUAACUCCAGGAUAGAAUUUAUAACAAUGAAGAAAGCCGGGUCACAUAUAUACCAAUCCAGGUGGUGUUACUUGCUUUCUGAGGUGAGCUGGGUUUUCCAAAGUGGUAUAAUGCGUGUAUUGUAUAUUUUUAACAAAGUAGUAUUUUUAUAUUGCAUUUUUCUAUUAAAAGAAUUAACAGAGUUUUAGUCAAUAUAUUGUCUGUAACAUUUCACAAAUAAUGUUUGCUUUGAACCAAAAUGCUCAAUUCCUAUCAACACUUAGACUCAAGUGUCAAUGCCAAAAUACCUGUCCAUUCCCACGUUAAACAGCAUUAAUAUCACCUUAGAGACAGGUGUAUUUUAGUGUCUUGAGACCCAUGGAGGUGUCUUUGUUGGUCCUUUCUGCUGUUUUUGCACCUGUUGACCAGGAAUGCUUCUGGCUCUGAAGGACACACACAGUGCCAUCACGGUGGGUGCCUUGCUGGUGGCAGCCAUGAGCAAGGUGGCCCUUGGUGGCAUGACCUGGCACUUUGCACCUCUUCUGCAGAUGCGCGGGUUUGCCUCUGUGGUCGUCAUGUGUGAGUAGCCCAUAUUUAUCCAUGAGUUCUUUGUGCUGCACGUGUAUCACGUAUCCAUGUUCAACUUACUGGAAGGUCAGGAGAACUAAUGCAGGCAUUUAUCUGAGAGAAGUUUCUCAGCACUUUACAGGUGACUAAAGAUGCUAAUUUUAUGACUUAACCAAAUACUGUCCAAGGUGCAGAUGUACCCCAUGUGAAAGUAACAUCUCCCCAGGCUUUCUUAAACUAUUAGCUGCUAUCUUAUUUCAUAAAUAAAGUGUUUUUAUUUAAAAAUA